AUGAAAGAUGUCUCAUUGCUCACUGAUCUUGAGCUGCGUGAUGAACUCACAAAAUAUAACGUGGAUGUAGGUCCAGUCAGUGGGACGACACGCUCAUUAUAUGAGAAGAAACUCGUGAAGCUGCGCAAGCAGGGUUUGCCGAAUCUUUCAUCGACAUCUCAACCAAAGGAUCCCAAGGUUGCUUCUAUUCCAAAGCGGCCACUGUCAAAAUCACCGUCUAGGACAUCUUCCACACGCAGUUCCACUCUCAACCGUCGGAAGGUCAAUAGAUCUGAAAGUGAGGAUGGUUCAGACUCGGAAGCGGUACCAGAGCUUUCAUCAUACACCAGAGUGAUAACCUCCACACCCGAACCCUCUCCCGAGGCCACGAAGUACGCUCGCCUAUCUUCGAAGGAAAGGACUCUAAAUGAUAGGUAA